AUGCGUCCGCAUUCGCGCUUCAACAGAAGUUACCACUACAUACUUACGGUUAUNGAUGUGCUGAGCAAGUACGCGUGGGCUAUACCGCUUAAGAGUAAGAGUGGAUGCGAAGUCACCAAAAGUUUUCCAGGAAUAUUUUGGGAUAACAAACGAUGUCCAAAGAAUUUGCAAACUGACCGUGGAAAGGAAUUCUACAAUAUAGAUAUCGACAUAUUACCGCGUCUUUUUAUGGAGUACAACGCGAGAAAACAUCGAACUUUUGGUAUGCGACCUAUCGAUGUUACCCCAGCAAUCGCCGAGAAGCUCUUAACCACGGUGUACAUCAAUGUCAAGAUCGCAGGGCCAGCACAAUUCAAAGUUGGUGAUCCGGAUUCACGCGGACAAUCUGUUGCUGGAGAAUCCUAUGAAUACGAACUGCAUCGCGUUGCACAUCCAGACGUUUAUCUCGUUGAAAAAGUAUUGCGUAAGAAAGGUGACAAGGUUUAUGUGAAGUGGCUAGGAUUAGACAAGUCGUACAACUCUUGGAUAAAUAAAACUAAUGUUAUGUAA